AGGGAGCCUCCCGACAGCCUCCGCGGCGGGGCGGGCCCCUGGGAGCCUCCCGACAGCCUCUGCGGUGUCUGCGGAGACAGUGGCCUGUUGGGGCCACCGGGGACGCCGUGGGAAAGCAGCCAGGCCGCAGAAGGGAAGAGGAGUCAGCAGUUUUGACGGCUCAGGCAAAGGAAGCCUCAGUAAAUGAAGUUUCGGGCUGUGGCCACAGGGUUCAAAGGGAGGCAGCGAGGAUUCCAAGGUCCCACCGCUCUCCCAGCCAAUGAGGAGCCCGAGAGGGAGGAGCCUGAGGCUUCCUUGGUGCAGCUUGAGCUUCUGAGGGAUUCAUCCCCGUAGAUACCGUGGAGUGUGAGCUCUGCUGCAUCUGUCACAGCCAACAAAAUUAAAACAAAAACAAAAACAAAAAACAGAAGAGGAGAAAUGCUGCAGACUAUGGAACGCUGUAGGACUUUCUGAAACAUUUGCUGGGGAUUCCCGUGGAGCAUGAUCUUUUAAAACCAAUUCUUUCUGAAGCCUGUUUGGGUAACUGGGAAAAUGACAAAUAUGCUAAAUGCAGCAGCUGAUCGGGUGAAAUGGACCAGAUCGAGUGCUGCUAAAAGGGCUGCCUGCCUGGUGGCUGCGGCAUAUGCUCUGAAAACACUCUACCCCAUCAUUGGCAAGCGUUUAAAGCAAUCUGGCCACAGGAAGAAAAAAGAAACAGUUUAUCCGGCUGCAGAGAACAGAGAAAUACUGCAUUGCACCGAGACCACUUGUAAAAAACCUUGUCCUGGCGUGAAUGCAGAAUUUUUCAAACAGCUACUAGAACUUCGGAAAAUUCUCUUUCCAAAACUUGUGACCACUGAAACAGGCUGGCUCUGCCUCCACUCAGUGGCUCUAAUCUCAAGAACCUUUCUGUCUAUCUAUGUGGCUGGUCUAGAUGGAAAAAUCGUGAAGAGCAUCGUGGAAAAGAAGCCUCGGACUUUCAUCAUCAAGUUAAUCAAGUGGCUUAUGAUUGCCAUUCCUGCCACCUUUGUUAACAGUGCAAUAAGGUACCUGGAGUGCAAAUUGGCUUUGGCCUUCAGAACUCGCCUGGUAGACCAUGCCUAUGAAACCUACUUUACAAAUCAGACUUAUUAUAAGGUGAUCAAUAUGGAUGGGAGGCUGGCAAACCCUGACCAAUCUCUUACUGAGGAUAUUAUGAUGUUCUCCCAAUCUGUGGCUCACUUAUAUUCCAAUCUGACCAAGCCUAUUUUAGAUGUAAUCCUGACCUCCUAUACACUUAUCCAGACUGCUACAUCCAGAGGAGCAAGCCCAAUUGGGCCCACCCUAUUAGCAGGACUUGUGGUAUAUGCCACUGCUAAAGUUUUGAAAGCCUGCUCUCCCAAAUUUGGUAAAUUGGUGGCUGAAGAAGCUCACAGAAAAGGCUAUUUGCGGUAUGUGCACUCCAGAAUUAUAGCCAAUGUUGAAGAAAUUGCUUUUUACAGAGGACAUAAGGUAGAAAUGAAGCAACUCCAGAAAAGUUACAAAGCUUUAGCAGAUCAGAUGAACCUCAUUUUAUCCAAACGUUUGUGGUACAUCAUGAUAGAGCAAUUCUUGAUGAAGUAUGUUUGGAGCAGCAGUGGACUAAUUAUGGUGGCUGUACCUAUUAUCACUGCAACUGGCUUUGCAGAUGGUGAUCUAGAGGAUGGCCAAAAACAAGCUAUGGUUAGUGAACGGACAGAAGCCUUUACCACUGCUCGAAACUUAUUGGCCUCUGGAGCUGAUGCUAUUGAAAGGAUUAUGUCAUCAUACAAAGAGAUCACAGAAUUAGCAGGCUAUACGGCUCGAGUAUAUAAUAUGUUCUGGGUCUUUGAUGAAGUAAAAAGAGGCAUUUAUAAGAGAGCUGCUGUCAUGCAAGAGUCUGAAAGCCAUAGCAAGAAUGGAGCUAACAUAGAUUUACCCCUCACUGACACGUUGGAAAUCAAAGGAAGAGUUAUUGAUGUGGAUCAUGGAAUUAUUUGUGAAAAUGUUCCCAUAAUUACACCAACCGGAGAAGUGGUGGCUUCCAGGCUAAACUUCAAAGUACAAGAAGGAAUGCAUCUUUUGAUAACUGGUCCCAAUGGUUGUGGAAAAAGUUCUCUCUUCAGAAUUUUAAGUGGGCUCUGGCCUGUGUAUGAAGGAGUCCUCUAUAAACCACCUCCUCAACAUAUGUUCUAUAUUCCACAAAGGCCAUAUAUGUCUCUUGGAAGUCUUCGUGAUCAAGUCAUCUAUCCUGAUUCAGUGGAUGACAUGCAUGAUAAAGGCUAUACAGAUCAUGAUCUGGAAUGUAUUCUACAUAAUGUGCACCUCUAUCACAUAGUUCAAAGAGAAGGAGGAUGGGAUGCUGUUAUGGACUGGAAAGAUGUUCUGUCAGGAGGGGAAAAGCAAAGAAUGGGCAUGGCUCGCAUGUUUUAUCACAGACCAAAAUAUGCAUUGCUGGAUGAAUGUACCAGUGCUGUCAGCAUUGAUGUUGAAGGAAAGAUAUUUCAAGCUGCAAAAGGGGCCGGGAUUUCCUUACUAUCUAUUACACACAGGCCUUCUCUGUGGAAAUACCACACUCAUUUAUUACAGUUUGAUGGCGAAGGAGGUUGGCGCUUUGAACAAUUGGAUAGUGCUAUCCGUUUAACACUGAGUGAAGAAAAACAAAAGCUAGAAUCUCAGCUAGCUGGAAUUCCCAAAAUGCAGCAGAGACUCAAUGAACUAUGUAAAAUUUUGGGAGAAGACUCAGUGCUGAAAACAAUAAAAAAUGAAGAUGAGACAUCCUAAUUUGUUUUGACAUGUUUUACAAGUUAAUUUUUAAGUAAAGACUCAGACAGGCUGUUAUAGUGCAUGCAUUGUGUUUAAGCUAAGCAAGAGAAAAAAGGAAGUAAGAAAUGUUUUAUAAAAUUUUAGCAUCAAGAAAAUACAUGAUCUGACUUUUCCGAAGAAAAUAAACAAAUGCAUUAUGUGAGAUUAGUCAUUUUGGCUUAUACUAAUACCUAGUGAAAGCCUAAUUCGCCUGUAAAGUAGGAUUUUCUAGGUGAAUUUACAAAGAAUACCAGAUUUGCUAUGUGAAUGUGAUGUGUCUGAAGUUCUUAACAAACAUGGGAAAAAUCUUGAAAAUGGGUCAACUUAAGAACAGCAUACAGUUUGAAACAGGUACAUAAAAUUAGAAAUUUGAGUAACAUUUCAGUCCAUUUAUAGUUAUGAGAUUUAAUAGGUAGGAUUCAUGUUCAUCAUUAAUUGUGAUCAACUAAACCUGUAUACAAAAUAGCUGACAGUUUGAUAAAAUAAUUUCAAUAUGAAAAAAUUAUUUUAAUGGCAGUAAUUGAAAGAAAGAAAGCAUGACUAUACAUGUAUAAAAUGCCAUAUUUUUAGAUUUUGAGCAUCUUAAUAUGGGCACAUAACAAAUUAGUUUCAAUGAGAAUCUUCCAUAUUUGUUAAUAAACUCUUUCAUUUUAAGAAGAGAAUUGCCAAUACAGAAAAGGAGUAUCUCAACAAUGUAUGUCUCAGCCUGUUACUUUGCUUGGCCACAUUAUCUACUGCAACUUCUAUCCAGAAAUACUCAGCUUGUUUUUGUGUUCAAAGGAGGAGGCCACCACAUUUUUAAAUAGCAAUGCUAUAAGAGAAUAUAGGGAUUUUCAAAAUCACAGUAGUUAAACAUACAUUGAAAUAGCACUUUAUAAUUUACAAUCCUCAUUGAUAUCAUUUCAUUUUAAUUCAUUCAUCCUUUAAUCUCUUGAGGCAACUAUUAUUUACCUUGUUCACUUUUGGGAAAAUUGACACUCAGACUUGACUUAAUUAUGCAGUUUAUUUAGGGACAGAUCCAAGGAUCAAAUAAAUUUCUCCUGAUUAUAUGAUCCAGUGCUAUUUCCACUUUCCACUUUCCGCUAUCAUUCUGGAAAUCUAACUGGGCUAUAAUAUCAAUAAAAGUUAGAUGAGAUGUUGAAAAGAAAAUAAAUUUGGUAAUGUCACUGGUAUAAUUAUUUGGUUAUUGUUUACAAGAUGUGGAAAUUAAAUACAAAGUGGAUAGUUCACUGGUCUGUGGUUUAAAAUGAGCCAAGAAAGUUCAGAAAGUUUUCAGCACCUAUGCACUCAUACUCAAUAUUAACAUACUUCUACAGCUAGCAAUCAGAUGGGAAAUUGUGUUAUAGGUAAAUUUAAUAUUUAUUGAACAUAAUGAGAAAGAAUCUGCAUGGAAUAGUCCAUGUAAAAUAAAUCUUAUCUAAACAUGUGCCCUGAAGUUGGAAGUACAAAAGCCAGAACUGUCAUGUUAAUCUCCUACUGCCAGUGCCACCACGUUGAUAGGCCAGGAAAAAUGAGAACGAUCGGUCAUUAGUGGUUUUGGAUUUUAUUUAUGUCUUUAUUUUUUAGCAUAAUAAAUGCUACGUCAGUGAUUCUCAGACUUUUUUCGGGUUGUAGAGUACCUGGAAGUCAUUUGUGAUGCCUGUAGUAGAACAUCAUGACAUUUCACAUUUUCAAUUCGGCCAUGCUAAUUAAGGCAUUUUUAGUUAUCAAUAAAUGUAACCAUCUUAUAUGAAGGAAUGCAGUAUAAAAUGAUAAUCAUUACAUCUGCCUAGGUUUUUCUGUUAAUAUCUCUAGGUACUCAUAUUCUUUUGUCAGUUACUGCUACUUCCUAUUAGAAAAGUGAAGCAAGUGUCAAAGGUUUAAAAAAAAAGAAUGCAUGGAGCCAAAACUUAAACUUGAUCAAAAUCAUCCAUUAAUCCAUUAAUCUUAACUUCUAUAUUAGCAGUUAUUCAGUUUAUACUGCUGUAAGGAACAGUCUGAGGCAAUGUCUUAAGUUAACUUUUAAAGGUACAGGAAGAAAAUGAAACGUCCUCGUUUGAAACAUGUGAAUAAUUUCCAUGCCUUAAUUUUCACAAUUUGAAAAAUAAAGCAUUUAGGACCUGA